AUGAAUUAUGAUCGUCGCUUCUCGCCAGGAGCCAACCCCGACUAUUCCAACCGAGCCGUGAACUAUCGCGAUUCGAGGUCACAGCAGAUCACUCCUCGCGGUGGUGUGGAAGCCCGGGCACAGGCUUACGGUAGAGAGUACCCACCGCUCCGGUCGAGGUCUCAGACAAAUGUUGACCAAGACUACGGUGAUCGUUUCUCGCAGCCAGCUCCAUUCUAUGAUAACCGAACACUUGAUGCCAAGUCCAGGUGAGUGCGAAUUUUAAAUUAUUUUCCAUCUCAAACUCCUUCGUUCAGAAGUAAAUCACUAGACACUCGAGAGUUCCGCGGUAAUGAUGGAUACUAUCGGGAUGACUAUCAACCGGAAGGUGUCGUGAUUCCAAUUCGCCGUGACAUUGGCCGUGGACCACAGUACGAUUAUCGUUCUUCUCCUCAAACGCGACUGAGAGAAGUGGAGCCGUAUGGCUAUGAUGAUCGUCGUCCACCAGUUGGCCAAGAAGUUCAUAUUCCGUACAACCGCGACAGCAGGGAUCCAACGAGCAGAGACUUUGCACCGAGACGCUCCUUUGACGGAAAGCAGGGCGACAGUCCGAAGUCGUACUCUUCCAAGUUCAAGGAUAACCGUCGUGCGAUCGAGUAUGAGAGAGGAGGGUUUGGAGAUGAGUUCGAAAGAGAAGAGUACGGUGCCAUUCAACCAUAUCGAGGACCUGUCGGAGGACCCAUCGGAGGAGUUGCUGCAAGCGGAGGUGGCGGGGGAGGUGGAUACCGGUCCAGCAGUCAUCACAGAUCCCACCACGAAUCCUACGGCGGAGGCCAUGAAUCAGCGUACGGUGGCGGUGCUUCUCGCGCUAUCACUCAACAGCCACAAGUGUUCCAUCCGGAUGUGAGACCAGUUCGGCCGAUUCAACACCACAGAGUGCAGUGCUGUUGUUUCAAGUUUGUUUGGCCUCCAUGGAGCUAUGAACAAGCCCCUCCACCUCAACCAAUCUAUAGAAAUAUCUAA